GACAGAUCCCCUACCCAAGAGCGUGGCUCUGGGAGCUUCAGGCUACUGGGUUGGAUAGAGGCCAAGAGAAGGCAGGCCCUUCAUUCUCUGAGGACCCGGAGACUAAACAGCUUUUGGAACCAUGGAUAAAUUCCGAAUGAUCUUCCAGUACUUCCAGUCCAGCUCAGAGUCUGUCAUGAAUGGGAUCUGCCUUAUCCUGGCUGUGGCCACUGUGAAGAUCUACAGCUCCUUUGACUUCAACUGUCCCUGCCUGCCCCGGUACAAUGCCCUCUACGGCCUAGGUCUCUUGUUCAUGCCACCCCUGGCCCUUUUCCUUUGUGGUCUCAUUGCUAACAGGCAGUCUGUAGUGCUGAUGGAGGAAUGGAGGAGACCCACAGGAAGAAGGAAAAAGGACCCAGGCAUUGUCAAGUACUUGUGUUCUUCGGUCCUGCAGCGGGCCCUGGCCGCCCCAGUGCUCUGGAUCCUGCUGGCCCUCCUGGACGGCAAGUGCUUCAUCUGCGCCUUUAGCAGUUCGGUGGGCCCUGAGAAGUUUGCCGACUUCGCCAACAUGACAGCCAGGGACGCGCAGCUGUUCCUCACCAAGGUGCCCUGCAAGGAUGACGCGCUGGUGAGAGACAGCCCUGCCCGCAAGGCCGUGUCGCGGUACCUGCGCUGUCUGUCACAGGUAAGCCCCGCCCUUUCGGCCUCCGUCGCCGUCGGCUGGAGCAUGAUGCUGACGCUGAUCGCCGCGGCGCUGCUGGCGCGCGCGCUCCAGCCUUGCUUUGACCAGACCCUGCUGGUGCAGCGGCGCUACUGGAGUCACUACGUGGACCUGGAGCAGAAGCUGUUUGAGGAGACGUGCUGUGAGCACGCCCGGGACUUUGCCCACAGGUGCGUCUUACACUUCUUCCACAGCAUGCGGAGCGAGAUGAAGGCCCGGGGGCUGGCCUCCCCCCGGCAGGGGGCGGUCGUCCCCGGGGAGAGCGGGGCCGGCGAGGAGGCGGAGAAGGACCUCCUGCGCGGCGUCGCUGACCAGAGGCAGGUGAACCGGCUGCUGAGCACGUGGUACAGGAGCAAGCCCCCCCUGGACGUCACGCGGGCCCUGCAGCCUCCUCCGGGGGAGGGAGGAGGCGGCCUCAGCCGCCGAGGGACCGCCGGGCCCCCAGCCGGCCCCCCGCACACGGCGGUGUAAGGAGGAAGGGGCGGGGCUGAAAGGGCAGCCUUCUGUACGGGGUCCCCCGACCGUCACCCAAAGGGAAGGAGCGCCCGCCUCCGGCCAAAGCUUCCCCCUCCCCGCGCGUCCUUGGGCCUCCGUGCUCACAACCUCAGAGCAAAAGAAUCAGCUUAGAGAAGCGGCAUCCAGACCUCGUACAGACUAAGGGUCCCCAACGCUGGGCCUGCCUCCCCAAAGAAUGGGAGAGCCAGAGGAGCCGUUUUAUAGGCUCUGUAUAGUCCUUAUGUGUUCUAGAUGGUUCUUGUGCUCUAAAGGCGUUCCCGGCUCGCCCUGAGUUCUAGGUAGUUCUAGAUGUGCUCUAAGGGUGUUCCUGGCUCUUUGUAGGUUCUAGAUGGUUCUUGAUGUAUCUAAGGGUGUUCCUGGCUCUUUGUAGGUUCUAGAUGGUUCUUGAUGUAUUCUAAGGGUGUUCCUGGCUCUUUGUAGGUUCUAGAUGGUUCUUGAUGUAUCUAAGGGUGUUCCUGGCUCUUUGUAGGUUCUAGAUGGUUCUUGAUGUAUCUAAGGGUGUUCCUGGCUCUUUGUAGGUUCUAGAUGGUUCUUGAUGUAUCUAAGGGUGUUCCUGGCUCUUUGUAGGUUCUAGAUGGUUCUUGAUGUAUCUAAGGGUGUUCCUGGCUCUUUGUAGGUUCUAGAUGGUUCUUGAUGUAUCUAAGGGUGUUCCUGGCUCUUUGUAGGUUCUAGAUGGUUCUUGAUGUAUCUAAGGGUGUUCCUGGCUCUUUGUAGGUUCUAGAUGGUUCUUGAUGUAUUCUAAGGGUGUUCCUGGCUCUUUGUAGGUUCUAGAUGGUUCUUGAUGUGCUCUAAGGGUGUUCCUGGCUCUUUGUAGGUUCUAGAUGGUUCUUGAUGUAUCUAAGGGUGUUCCUGGCUCUUUGUAGGUUCUAGAUGGUUCUUGAUGUAUCUAAGGGUGUUCCUGGCUCUUUGUAGGUUCUAGAUGGUUCUUGAUGUAUGCUAAGGGUGUUCCUGGCUCUUUGUAGGUUCUAGAUGGUUCUUGAUGUAUGCUAAGGGUGUUCCUGGCUCUUUGUAGGUUCUAGAUGGUUCUUGAUGUAUGCUAAGGGUGUUCCUGGCUCGCUCCAGGUUCUAGAUGGUUCUUGAUGUAUUCUAAGGGUGUUCCUGGCUCUUUGUAGGUUCUAGAUGGUUCUUGAUGUAUCUAAGGGUGUUCCUGGCUCUUUGUAGGUUCUAGAUGGUUCUUGAUGUAUUCUAAGGGUGUUGCUGGCUUUCUGUAGAUUUCAUGUACUCUAAAAGUAUUCCAGGCUCUCUAAUAAGUUCUAGAUGAUUCUUGUGCUCUAAAGCUGUUCCUGGUUCUCUCUAAGUUCUAGACAAUUCUUGUUGUGCUCUAAGGGUGUCCUGGUUCUCUGUAAGUUCUAGUUAGUGUCUGAUGUGCUCUAAGAAUAUUCCAGGCUCUCUGUAGGUUCUAAAUGGUUCUUGAUGUGCCCUAAGGAUGUUCCUGGCUCUCUGUAAGUUCUAGAUAGUUCUUGAUUUGCUCUAAGGGUUUUCCUGGCUUUCUGUAGAUUUCGUGUGCUCUAAAAGUAUUCCAGGCUCUCUGUAAGUUCUAGAUACUUUUUGAUAUGCUCUAAGGGUGUUGCUGGCUUUCUGUAAGUUCUAGAUGCUCUAAGAAUUUUCCUGGCUUUCUAUAGAUUUGAUGUCCUUUAAGGGUGUUCCUGGCUCUCUGUAAGUUCUAGAUACUUUUUGAUAUGCUCUAAGGGUGUUCCUGGCUCUUUGUAGGUUCUAGAUGGUUCUUGAUGUAUUCCAAGGGUGUUGCUGGCUUUCUGUAGAUUUCAUGUGCUCUAAAAGUAUUCCAGGCUCUCUGUAGGUUCUAGAUGGUUCUUGUGCUCUAAAGGUGUUCCUGGCUCUAAGUUCUAGAUAAUUCUUGUGCUCUAAGGGUGUCCUGGCUUUCUGUAGAUUUGAUGCGCUCUAAGGAUGUUCUUGGCUCUCUGUAAGUUCUAGAUACUUUUUGAUAUGCUCUAAGAGUAUUCCAGGCUUUCUGUAAGUUCUAGAAAGUUUCUGAUAUGCUCUAAAGAUGAUUCCUUUAUGUUCAAUCAGGUCCUCAGUAGAUAUGAAGGAUGUUGAACUAAGCCCUGCUUUUUUGUAUUCCUCUCCCCUAUUUCUACUUUCAUUGAUUCAUCAUACAAGUUCCAGUAAAAAUUUUCAGUGACUUCAUAUCACCUGUAGAAUAAACUAUAAACUUCUUGGCCUGGCAUUUAAAGUCCUCCAAGCACUGGUUCUACCUUUCCAACACCGUUUCAUUUUUUCCCCAUCCCUCUACAUUCUGGCCAAAAUUCACGCUUCACUUUUCUGUGAAUUCACUUCACCUCCUGCAAAAGCCUUCACAUAAGCCAUCUUGAAUGGCUAGAAUGCAUCCUCUCUCCACCUCCACCUCUCAUAGGAACAUAGGUCUAGAACCAAAAGAGAAUCUAGAGGCCAUCUAGCUCAACCCUAUCCUUUUACAGCUAAAGAAUCUGAGGUCCCAAGGAGUGAAAUAACUUAUUCAAGACCAUACAGGUAAUGUGUAUCAUCCUUCAAGGGUCAGUUUGAGAGACCACCUUCUCUGAAUGGCUUUCCCUGAUCUCUACCUUCCCCUGCACCUCCAGUUCAACAUAUUAGAGAGAUAAAAUGCAAUCAUCUUCAGGACAGGGACUCCCACCAGAGCUUAGUUUAGUGCCCAGUUUAGUGCUAAUAAAGGCUUUGAAUUGAAUUGCCAUGCGUUCUCAUGUACAGCCUGUCCCCCCUGGUACACACCUGUAGUCCCAAGCCCAGAACUACUCUUGUACAUUCCAGUUAGGGAUCCUUUCCCUUGAUUGAUAAAGGCAGACAGUCUCAGUUCUCCUACCAGAGCCUGUAGUUCUUCACAGGAUCACUGGGCCUCCGUGGAAUUUAAGCAAAGUCAGAAAUUACAGGUUUCAGGAAGGAAUGGAAUUGUGGUAUGAUGGAGUUACAGUCCUUUGACUUAAGUGAUGUAGAAACCUUAGAAAUAAUCUUAUCUCGAAUGCAGAAAAGUUAAUUGACAGGGAGAAGUAGAUAUGGGAUUCAAACUGAAGGAUUUUUUUAGGAUUUUAGGAUCAUAGAUUAGGGAUGGAAGGGAGCUCAGAGAUCAUCUGAUGGUCCAGCUCCCUCAUUUUAUGGAUGAGGAAACUGAUGUCCACAGAGGAUAAGCGUCUUGGCCAUAAUCACACAGAAGCCAAAUGGCAGAGCUGGAAUUCAACUCCAAUUUCUCUAACUUCAGAUUCCAUAUUUGUCUUUUUUUCCCCCAUUACACCACAUUAUGGGAAUGAUAAUUAUGAUAAUGAUAAUAAUAACUCACAAUUAUGUAGUAUUUUAAAAUUCUCAAAGUACUUUCUUCUAUGACCUCCAGACCUUGUGAGACAAAUAGAGAUGGCAUUAGUAUUCUCAUUUUACAGAUGCUACUGGGUAGUCCUUUAAGAUUAUCUUUAAUUUCUUCUAUAUUUAUUUGUACAUAAUUGUUUGAAUGUUGUGAUUCCAAAUUUGGAUUUGAGGAGAAGUCCCCAUCAUUCUUCUCUAUAAUUCCAAAUGGCUAAUCAAAUUCUUUUUUUUUUCCCCUUCACCCACUAGACCAUUUAGUUAAUUGGGUAUUUGCUUUUCCUCAUCAAGUUAGAUAGUGGAAUAACAAAAACAAACAAAAUAACUAUUACAUACAACCAAAUUAUUCUCUAUCAUUCAAAAGUGAGAAUUAUUAAUCUUUGUCACCCAAUUUACCUACAAAGUUCAGAAACUAUGGAUUUUGGUUAUAUUAAAGUUUGAAAGGAUUGGCAAACAUUUCAAUAGUUAGAGAUAGGAAAGGGACAUUCCAGAGAAUGGGAUAAACAACAGGCUGAAGAUGGGAAAUGACAGGGUAGGGUGACAGGUGAAGAAGGAUUUAAUAAGCAUUUAAUAUAUAUUAGUAAUGGAUAGCUAGAUGGCAGAGUGGAUGGAGUUCCCGACCUGGAAUGAGGAAAACCUGAAUUCAAAUCAAAACCUAAGACACUUACUAGUUGUGUGAUCCUGGACAAGUCACUUCACCCUGUGUGCCUCAGUUUCCUCAUCUGUAAAAUGAACUAGAGAAGGAAAUGGCAAACCAUUCUGAUAUCUCUACCAAGAAGACCCCAAAUGAGGUCACAAAGAGUAGGACACUACUGAAAAUGACUGAACAACAACAUAAACUAAGCCUGGAGAUUAAAAGAAAAAAGGUAAAAAUAGCCCAUGUUCUCAAGGAAUUCAUAAUCUAAUGAGGAAAAAACAUACAAAGAGUUAUGUUCAAAUAAGACACAUGCAAUAUAAAUUGGAAAGGAUCUUAGAGGGAUUACAGAUGGAGAAACUAAGAUCUAAGUAUGUUAAUUGACUUUUACAAAAUCACAAAGGCAAUGAGCUUCAGAGCUAGGAUUUGAAUCCAGAUCUUCUGGUUGCAGACAGGGGUCUUUCAAGUGUACUAUGCUAUUAUAAUGAUUCUUGAAUCACAACCAAUUCCAUAAAUCUAGCCUAAGCUAACUAAAGUGUCUGGCAGAAUCUUUGGCUCCCCACAAUUUGACUUCUGGGAUCUGAAAUCCCCCUUGACCUUGAUCAUAGGACAAAGUCAGGAUGGCAUCUCUUGAAGUUAUCACCACUACCAACAUUCCUGCCAAUUUGGGAUCCCUGCUCAGGGCAGACAGAGCUCACUGGAUUAUUCUACAAUUCCUGGUUCAUUUAACAGCUGACAAGCUGCUUGUUAAAGUCUGAUACAACUGUGCCAUCCUCCUACAAUCAUAAAAUUAUAGGGAUUUCUCUUUCAUUUAAUUAAUGGUUUCACACACACACAUAUACAUAUAUAUAUGUAUAUAUACAUAUUCAUGUAUCUUAUAACCAUCUCUAGAGUAAGGAGUGGGAAGGAAGAAAAAAAAGAAAGCUAUAUGAUAACUUUAUUUUUUAUUU